UCAAUUCUUUCUCGAGCACUUCCAAGUCGAAAGUCAGCAUCAUAUAUACCUUACUUCUCCAUCCGAAAACUCAGACAUGGCAAGUGUCUCACUGGUCUCAGCUACUGGAAGAAGGCUUGAGGGGAAAGUGGCUAUUAUCACUGGUGGUGCAAGCGGCAUAGGUGAGGCCACUGCAAGACUCUUCUCUAAGCACGGAGCACACGUUGUCAUAGCUGAUAUUCAAGACGAUUUGGGUCUCUCUAUUUGCAAACACUUGGAAUCCGCUUCCUAUGUUCACUGCGACGUGACAAACGAAACCGACGUUGAAAACUGCGUGAACACCACCGUUUCCAAACACGGCAAACUAGAUAUCAUGUUCAACAACGCUGGCAUAACCGGUGUGAACAAAACCAGCAUCCUCGACAACACAAAGUCAGAGUUUGAGGAAGUGAUCAACGUUAACCUAGUUGGUGUCUUUCUGGGAACAAAGCACGCCGCAAGGGUAAUGAUCCCUGCUAGAAGAGGAAGCAUAGUUAACACUGCAAGUGUUUGUGGAAGCAUAGGUGGUGUAGCAUCACAUGCAUACACAAGUUCCAAACACGCCGUGGUGGGGCUCACAAAGAACACUGCGGUGGAGCUUGGAGCAUUUGGUGUUAGGGUUAAUUGCGUGUCACCCUACGUGGUUGCCACGCCCUUGGCUAAGAAUUUUUUUAAGCUUGAUGAUGACGGAGUUCAGGGGAUUUAUUCAAACCUUAAGGGUACUGAUCUUGUGCCUAAUGAUGUAGCCGAAGCUGCUUUGUACCUGGCAAGUGAUGAGUCCAAGUAUGUUAGUGGGCACAAUCUUGUGGUUGAUGGAGGCUUCACUGUGGUCAAUAGUGGGUUUUGUGUCCUUGGGCAAUCUUCGUGAAAAUUUUAUGCUUAUCUUUGGAGAAUGACCUUUUUAUAUUUUGAAUAAGUGAAUAAUCAUUGUUAUGUUUUCACUUUUCACUGUUUGAGACAGCCUGGUUUAAUUUUGGCUUGUAUCUAUAGAAUAUUAUGUCACUUUGAUUUUGGGCACCCCGACAUUACACCCCGACAUUACAGACACUAAGACGUGGGGUCAUCUGUGUAGGUUAUGGCACAUGUGUUAUGUAUAAAGAUGGGGAUAUGAAAGUGUUUUGACUUGUGUAGUUACAAAGGAGACAUGGUUUCAUUUAGGGUAUUGAUAUUUGGAACCUCUAAUAUUAUCAAUAUUUUAUUGACACCCUUUA